AUGUAACGAUAAGACUCAUUAAAGAAUCAGGAAAUGAUAGUUAAAUUCUUAAACUUUUGUGCUACCUUAAUUCAAAAGAAUGUGAAGGGAUACAUUUAGAGACAGAGACAUAAAAUUAUCAUGAUGCAUAUCAGAAGAUUCAAAGCUAUUUUAAAUGGAUUUAUUCAAGGUUGUUUAUCUUCUAUAUUUUUUAAGGAUAUAGAACAAGAUAAAUUAUGAAAGUUCCUGAUGUAGCUAAGUUAAGAUCAAAUAUUAUAGAAACUGAUGAUGGAAGUAAAUAUCUAAAGAAUUAUAUUAAGCAUAUGGAAAUCCAUAAAUAAGAUAAAAAAAGAUAAGGUUAAUAAGAAUGAUUGAAAACUAUCUUCAGAAUGGUCAAUUCUAUAAAAAACUUAAAAGAGUCAAAAGUUCUUAAAAAUAAUUCCUUUCUAAUCAAUAUUUAGAUAAUGAAUUCGUUAAUUAAGACUAAAAAUUCUAAUAAAAUUAUUACAAAAAACCUUAAAAAUAACCUCUAUCAUAAAACUAUGUUGACUAAUAAUAUUAUGAUCAGUUAAUUCAAAAUGAAUAUUCAGAAUAACCUUAACCAUAUUAUUAAGAAUAUAUAUAAUAAUAAUCAUAAAUACAUAAUAAAAGUCAUUCAAGCGCAAAUUUAUCAGAAUAAUAUAAUCAAAAUUAAAAAUUUGAGUAUUAAUAAGAUGAAAGAUCUAUUAGAUCUAAAAACUAAUAAAAUUUUGUUGACAGAUUAACACCUGAAAAAAAUUCAUAUGAUGAUGACAGACCUAUUUGUGGAAAGGGAAAAUACAAUUAUGUAGAAGAUGAUAGGCCAAUUAAUGGAUAAAAUGAAAAUACUCAAAACUAUUAUGAAGAUGAUAGACCCAUAACAACAAAAAAUAUGAAUAAUUAUUAUGAUGAUGAUAGACCUAUAAAUGCAAAAAAUACUAAUAAUGCAUGGAAUAAUUAAGAAGAUGAAAGACCAAUAAGAAAAGGGAAAGAUAACUUUCAAUUAAAUUAAGAAUAUUAACAUAAUGAUAAACCUAUAGCUAGCACUGGAUAAUAUUAAUAAUUUGAAGAUGAAAGACCAUUAGGAGGUAAAGGUUAAUACAAUAUACCUGUUGAUGAUAUACCUAUUAAUGGAAAAGGCACUUAUGGAAAUUUUGAAGAAGAAGCUCCUCCGAAAAAAUAAAAGUAACCUCAAAAAAAAAAAAAUGAAUAAAAAAAGGAAAAUAAAUAAUUAGAUGAUCCAUAAUAAAAUAUAUAUGAUAAUUAAAAUGAAAAUGAACCUCCUUUUGGAAAAAUAUCAAAUGAAGAUGAGAAUAAUUAAGAAAAACCAAAAAAAAAAAAGAAAGAUCCUAAACUUUUAGAAAAUCUUAAAAAAAGAACAAAAUAUGAUCCAAGAAAAGCAAUCCAAGAUGCUAAAAAAAAACAGGAAGAAUAAUAACAGAUUGAAUAAGCUGAUAUAGAAGAAAUAGUUGAAUAAGAAGAAAAAGAAGUCUAACCAUAAGUAUAAUAAUAAAUACCCUAGAAAAAGUAGGUUUUAUCAUAAAAAAAUCUUCAAGAAAAGUAAUAAUAAUAAUAAUAAUUAUCUCCUAAAUCAAGUAAAAUUAAUUUAAGUGCUACACCUGAAAGAUAAACUCCAACAAAAGAAUAAAUAGGAGAAUGUUCUCCUAAAGAUGAUGCAUCUGAUCAAAAACCAAAAAACUUUUUAAAAAGAAAAUCUAAAUAAAUUCCUUUAAAAAAUCCAAAAGUAGAUCCUAAAACAGUUAAAUCAAAAGUUAAAAAUUGUUGGAAUGCUGGAAAUCCUUUAGAUGAUCCAGAAUUUGAUGGAAAUGAGGAUAUUCCUUAAAGUCCCAAAGCCUAAAUUAAUAAUAAAUCUCCAUCUAGAAGAUUUGAAUAGAAGGGAUAAGAUUAACAAUACAAUUACUAAUAAUAAUAAUUAUAAUAAUAAUAAAUACUAUAAUAAUAACAGCUUUAAUAAAAUAAAUCAUAAGGCCCUUUGCAUGUGUAGGUGCAAUUAGUUUAAGAGAAUCAAUCAUAAUAUUAAAUAAAUCCUAGUCACCAAGCAAAUCAUAUAUAAUAGUAAAAAAAAUAGUCUAUUUAACUUGAUGAAUUGGAAAGAGCUUAUUAUUCAAAAUAUACAUAAAAAUUAGAGAGUAUUAAAAAUUUAUUAGUAUUUUAGCUACUAAAAUGAAUCUAAAGUCGUUAGAUGAAGAGAGAUAAUCAAUUUCAAGAGGAGUUCCUAUCAUAACAAAUAAAUCUAGAUUUUUUACCUCAUUCAGAGUUAAUGAUUUUGAAAGACUCUUAGCAUAGUUAGAGGAUUAAUAUAAUAAAUUGCAAAUAUCAAAAUGA